AUGGAAAAAACGACUCAUCUCCUAGUACUACUGAUCACCGUAGCACUGCUGAAAGAAUCUUCCAGCUCACCACUUCAUUUCACUCCCGACUACAAAGAGGCGCUGAAACUCUCUUUGCUCUACUACGAAGCUCAAAGGUCCGGGAAACUCCCCAGCAACAACAGAAUCAAAUGGAGAGGAGAUUCUGCACUCAACGACACAGGCCUGAAAGGCGAGAGUUUGACUGGUGGAUACUAUGAUGCAAGUGAUUAUGUGAAAUUUGGUUUCACUAUGGCUUUUACAACAACCAUUCUUUCUUGGGGAGUUAUUUCAUAUGAAGAUGCUUACGUUGAAGCUGGUCAAUAUUCUGAGGUAUUGGAUGCCAUCAGAUGGUCAACAGAUUAUUUCAUCAAGUGUCAUACGUCUCCAUAUGAAUUCUAUGGUCAGGUGGGCGAUUUUACUAUCGACCAUGCAUUCUGGGGUAGACCAGAAGAUAUGAAUUUGACACGACCAGCAUACAAAAUCGAUAAAGAACAUCCAGGAACAGAUUUGGCUGCAGAAGCAUCAGCUGCAUUUGCCUCCGCCAGUAUUGUCUUCAGAAAUAUCAAUAGCUCUUACUCCAAAGAGCUAUUGAGGCAUGCCGAGCAGAUGUAUGAUUUUGCCAAAGCUUUCAGGGGUUCAUAUCGAGAUGUUCUACCUGGUGCGAAACAAUAUUAUGAUUCUGAGUCUUCUUCUUACGUUGAUGAACUUUCUUGGGGAGCCAUUUGGUUGUAUAAAGCAACGAACAAUGUUCGAUUUCUUGAAGAGGCCAAAUCCUUUCAUGGAGAAAUGAAAAUAAAUGAGGAAGAUACAGAUAGGUUCAAUUAUGAUAGAAAGGUGCUUGGUAUUCAGAUAUUGUUAGCAGAAAGUAGCAAUUCUAGUCUUUACAACGAUGCAGUGAUAUCAAGUUGUGAUAAUAUAGUAGAUAAGAAUCCGAGGACGCUCAAAGGGUUAGUUUAUAUCAGUAAACAAGGCACAUUGUCACAUGCUGCCAGUGUAGCUUUCAUUUGCUUGAGGGUGGCAGAAUUAUCGGAUAUGUCCAGAAAAAAGUUCAUCCGAUUUGCCAAAGAGCAAAUAGAUUACAUUCUGGGUGCCAAUGGAAGGAGCUACGUGGUUGGAUAUGGUAUUAACUAUCCAAGAAGACCCCAUCAUGCAGCGAGUUCUUGUUUGGCGAAGCCCGAACCCUGCGGAUGGCACCAGUAUAAUUCAACAUCACCAAAUCCUCAGAUCUUGUAUGGGGCCCUAGUCAGUGGUCCGAAUCAAAAAGAUUAUUUCGAAGACACGAGGGAGGAGUUCUUGUAUACUGACGUAAAUAUCGACUAUAAUGCGGGUUUUCAGAGUGCUUUGGCCGGACUAAUCCAUGUGCAGAAGAAUACAACGAUACAUUGA